AUGACUAUUGAAAGACUUGUUAGUAUACGUUGGCCUAUGGAAAAACAACGUCUAGUUAGUUCCAAUCGUAUGUUAAUAAUAUUAGUAAUAUGCUUUUUAUUUCCAGCGCUUGUUUAUAAAGUUAGUGAAUGUAGUAAUCUUACAGUAACAUCGAUAGCUGAAACAAAAGCGUAUAAAUAUUUUGAUUUCUGUAAAGAAAUUAUAUUUCAUUUUAUUCGUAUAUGUAUUCUUGUAUGUGUAAAUUUUCCUUUAUUAUCAACUUUACAUACUGCUAGUAAAAAAUUAAAAACACAAAGAAGAUCUUCUGAAUCAAUAAUAUUAGCAUCGCCGACAGUUCGUUUUCAAUCAAUAAAAUUGAUUUUGAUGUAA